AUGGUUCUGCCUUAUACAGUAAAUGAAGAGUAUGAUGAUGCUGUGAUGACUACAAGUUUUCUGCCUCGUGAAAUGGUGGUAGAUAGUCGGUUCGCAACGGAAAUUAUCGAAACCUUCAACGCCUGGAAAGAACGGAAGCUGAAUGCUGCAAAGGUGUAUAUCAGCUCGCAGGAUAGUCAUGUUGUUCCUCAUCUGGCAAAACUUGGGUUCGACUUUGCUCAUGCGGCGAAGGGUGAAAUGGCGAUGACUUGCUGGUUGAGUGAUAAGCCACCGCGUUUGCCACCCCAACUUCUGUGGAGGUUUCCCGGUGGUCCGCCCAAGCACUGUGAGAAUUUGCUUAUGACAGCUGAAAGGAAGGUUAAGGAAAAAACUGGAGUUGUCGCUGAAGGCGACGCCAUCAUCUCUCUGGGACAGAAACUUCGCACGAAAUAUGCCGGCUCGUGCGCCUUCUUUUUCGUGUGCCUGAUGAAAAACGUCAGAAAUACUAAUGUGGGCGGUGUUGAAAUUGCCUCUGAUGUGAUUGUCGAUGUAAGAGACGAGAUCAACUCAAUGCUAAGUCACGAGUUCGACAAUCACCAUCGCAACGUUUGGCGAGCCUACCUGAAAUCUCUGGAUGACAUCACUUCGAAGAUGUUUCACUUCACUCUUCUCUGA